AUGGCUAGAACCAGAAGUAUGGGAGGUGGUGGGUACCCGGCCGCUCCUGCCGUUUCUGCCUCUCCUGCUGCUGGCAAGAAUGUCACCAGCCAUCAGCCAGAUUCACCAUUGAACACCCGAAAAGACUCCAACUACGAAGCAGACGACUCGGGUCCAGCUUCUCUCGGCAAAAGCGAGACUAAAGAACCUAAAGAGUUCGAGGAUCUCAAAACAACUCCCAGGGCCAGGGCGAAGAAACUCAGCCCGCGGGUAACUACCGAGAACAUGUCGGCCGCCACUCCUUCAGAAGCGACGAUGGGCAGCACCACAGGCACCACCGAAAUCAUGACGGACGAUGAAGGUACCCCAGUCAACGACACCCCAAUUCCCCUCGAUCUCUCCAGCGCCCGCCGAGCCAAGACCCCCGACAUGGACAUCACCGGUUCAUCGAGUGCCUCCUCAGCUCCCUCGACCCCUACCAAGCCGGCCUCCGAGCGCCGCAAAGCCACCCCCAAGGGACCGAAGUUCAUCUCUCAUAAAGAGGCGAAUAGGCAGCUUCGCGAUUUGAUCGUCGCCCACAACGAGAAGGGAGCCGAGAUGAAAGAAACGUCGGCGCUGUACAAAGACUUGAUACGCGAGGAGAAUGCGACCCCAAUUAUCCUUGACGAAUGCGUUGCUGUCGCUAGUGCUCGACUUGUGCGAGCCAUUGACGAUGUCGAGGCUCUUGAGGCUGGUCAUCCGCCGAGAGUGGUGCUCUAUCCGGCCCAUAGAAUUCCUGAGCUUCUUGCUGCUGUCGAGAAAGCUGAGGCCGAAAGGGACGCGUUCGAUGCCGAGAAUCAGCGCCUGUUCGCAAAAGUGGCCACACUGAAUGAGGAGAUCUACGCUCUGAAGGCCAAGGUGAAAGUUGCCAGAAAGGCCGAGCUUGAAGCUAGAAUGCGAGAGGGCUUGUCAACUCCCUCGGCGGCCUGCAACAAACCCAUUGCGCCUUCUGGAUCUGGGCUGCCGGUCAUUCUCGGAACCCCGAUCGAUUCGACGCCUACCACUGUUGGGCGGGUGGGAUUGACUAACAAAACACCUGGUCUGGAUAAAUCUCCCGCUAGCUCAAAGGCCAUCGUCCAGAAGUCAACUGCGCGGAAUUCCAGAGCGGGCAUGCGGGCAUCGAGCUUGAAUAACCCUCAGACGCCGACUAGAAAGAGAAAGGCUCGACACUGA